CACUCCAGGGACAGAGACCCGUCUCUAAAUAAAUAAAUAAAUAAAUAAAUAAAAUACACAUCAAAAUCCUGUUUUUCAUGGAGUCACCCUAACUGUAACGCUCUCUCCUGUGUCUCCUCCCUUCCCUUCCCUCCGGCUGUAAAGCCAUCGCUUGCUGUUCCUAGUCCCUGGGCGGGCCCUGUAUUCCUGAGCCCUCUGUGUACUCUGCUACUGCAGGUGGCACUGCUCCUCCGCCAGGUUGAAAAUUCGCCAAACAGACCUGGAGCUCGGUUCUCUUUGGCUGGCGCCUGGCACGUGACCAGCAGGCAGCCAGCUGCUGUGGAAGCGGAGACCGGCAGGGCGGGGCCGGGGCCGGGGGCCGGAAAGGCGCGUCUGCGCACGCCCGCAGCUCUCGGGUUCCCGGCUCGGGCGAGGCUGUGUUCUGAUUGGCUUAAGACGUGGGCUUCCCUUUGUAUGGGCCGGAGGCGGAGCUCUGGCCCGCCCCGCGCCUGGCGUCAGUGUCUUCCGGUUCGCAAGCCCGCGGCAAGCUUCGUUCCCAGGCUCUGAUUGGUCCGGCGGCUCUGGGUUCUGCGCGUGGGGUGCGGGGGAAGGGCGGGCUUGCGCACUGCUUCGGCCGCGCCCCGGCGCCGGUGGAAGGGAGCUGGCCCAAGCUCCCACGGCGUCCGUGGCGCCCUCCUUCCGCCCCUGCCCGGCCCGCUGGACCCGGCCCGCCCUCUGCCAUCCGUCCCUGGCGGGCCCGAUGCCUGUCGGCCGCUCCCUCCGUCCCCAUGCGGACAGGUCCCCGCCUUCUGCGGGCUGCCUGGCUUUUGAAUGCUUUGAAGGGGAACAAUGGAGCGAAGGAUAGAGCGAGCAGCAGGGGGCAGUUGCGUUCAGGGCUUUAAAUGCCAAACAAGUGCCCUAAAAGCCUGGGCCAAACACUCAGGCUCUAAAGCACGGGCUGAAUGGGGCAUCCUAGGAAUAGCUCUGGAGUGAAAAAAAGGAGCGAAGGGAGCGUUUGAAGGCACGGACUGAGGCCUUUCCUGCCUGCCUGAGCCCUGUGUCUGGCUCUGCUGGGUGGAGGGAUCUUUGGGGACCAGUCGGGGCUCGGAUGGAGGGGCAGGGUGUGUUGGGGCCAACUAGUGAGGGGCGGGAGUCCCUGCUUCCCCUUGGCCUGAGGCAGAGGUGGGACGUGGGAGUCUCCCAACCAGGAGCAGGUUGGAGUGUGGGUGCGGCUGUGGGCAGGGGCGCAGGCUCUGUAGUCUCGCUGGAGAACUCGAACAUCGGUACUUCCGAGGGCAGCUGCUGGAAGUCCAGGUCCUGGGCCUGCCUGGGUCUGGCUAGCUCCCAGGCCUUGAAGCCCCAGGUCCUGCAGACACACUCGACGACGUGUUCGAGAAGGGCCUUGGUACUGGGAGAAGGGGGCGGGGAGCUGAGGGAGUGUUUUUUUCCUUCUGGGCAAGAGAAUUAAUUGCUCAUAGUUGAAAGGCAGGAAGUACCCGCACAGCCUCUCCUCCCCAGAUCUGCAGGUCAGGGUCAUAUGUGCCCACAUUUGCACAGAGCCUUACUCUGACAUGCGUGCAAACACACGCCUAGUACCCCUGCACUAGUGCCCGCAGGCCCGCCUUCGGAACAGACGCCUGGUGCCCAAGUGCCUUGCCCCUCUCCCCACAUCUAUACCCCAGGGAUUUCCCUCCCACCAAAUUGAAGUAAGUUGUCUGCUUGACUUGUCAACCGCCUCCUGCCUCCUGCCUUCCCGAUUUCCCGGAGAAAAGCUGCUGCCCUGUGGUAGAGAGUGGAGGAAAGCCCCACCACCCCUGGAUGAGGGAGGCCCCAAGACUUGCCCCCAGGGUAGCUAAGAUCUCACUCCGAGGGGGCUGCCCCCCUUAGGCCUAUGAAGGGCAGGUGCAGCUGCAGGGGAAGGGAGGCAGAGCAGUCUCUUCCGGCAGCAGGAAGUGGCAACCGCCUAUGGGGAAAUCGUGGGGCUGAGCAGAAGGGGAACCGGAGCUGAACUCUCCUCCCCUACCAAGGGGGCCUGGAGGGAAUGGCAGCCAGCUGCUGAGGUUCUGCUCUCUGGUGCUGACCUUCCUUCCCCCUCCCCUCUGAACUUCCCACCCCAGCUCUCAAGGCUCCUUGGACCUCUCUGGGGGCUGACUUGGGAAGGGAGGACCCCAUCCGAUGUCUGGGGGAAACAGGCCACCCAGAGGGAGUCCAGAGCCUGGGGCAGCAAUGGUGUUCAUGUCCACUGGUACUGUGGGCCAGCGGCCCCGCUGUGAACUGUGAAGUCUGGCAGUGGUGACCAGGGACAGCCUUCUGGAGGUGGGGGGAUGGCAGCCUGGGAUGCCAGCUUAUGUUGGGGCUCUCAUGCCCGCUCCGGCUGCUUGGCAGCGAGGCUUUGGGCACAAGGCAGUCUAGGUGCAGGCCCAGUGGGAGGAGACGGCAAGACCGGGGCACAGUGGGGCUGGAAGGGGCGCCCUGCCCCCAGGAGCCCCUCGCGGGCAGUGCCAGCCCUGGGCCGCCCCGCCCCACCGGGAGCCGCGCUGGGGGCGGGGCUGGGCGGAGCCCGCGCAGGGUGCUGGCCGCAGCGCCCCCAAGUCCCGGCGCCGGGCCCGCUCACGGCCGCGUGGGAGCAGUGGGGUUCGACGGCGCGGCCGCUAGGCCGCCAUGGCCGCUCACGGGAAGCUGCGGCGGGAGCGGGGGCUGCAGGCUGAGUAUGAGACGCAAGUCAAAGAGAUGCGCUGGCAGCUGAGCGAGCAGCUGCGCUGCCUGGAGCUACAGGGCGAGCUGCGGCGGGAGCUGCUGCAGGAACUGGCAGAGUUCAUGCGGCGCCGCGCUGAGGUGGAGCUGGAGUACUCCCGGGGCCUGGAAAAGCUGGCCGAGCGCUUCUCCAGCCGUGCAGGCCGCCUGGGUAGCAGCCGGGAGCACCAAAGCUUCCGGAAGGAGCCGUCACUCCUGUCGCCCUUGCACUGCUGGGCAGUGCUCCUGCAGCAUACGCGGCAGCAGAGCCGGGAGAGCGCGGCCCUGAGCGAGGUGCUGGCCGGGCCCCUGGCCCAGCGCCUGAGUCACAUUGCGGAGGACGUGGGGCGCCUGGUCAAGAAGAGCAGGGAUCUGGAGCAGCAGCUGCAGGACGAGCUCCUGGAGGUGGUCUCAGAGCUCCAGACGGCCAAGAAGACGUACCAGGCAUAUCACAUGGAGAGCGUGAAUGCUGAGGCCAAGCUCCGGGAGGCCGAGCGGCAGGAGGAGAAGCGGGCAGGCCGGAGUGUCCCCACCACCACUGCUGCUGCCGCUGAGGCAGGGCCCCUCCGCAAGAGCUCCCUCAAGAAGGGAGGGCGGCUAGUGGAGAAGCGGCAGGCCAAGUUCAUGGAGCACAAACUCAAGUGCACAAAGGCGCGCAACGAGUACCUGCUUAGCCUGGCCAGCGUCAACGCCGCUGUCAGUAACUACUACCUGCAUGACGUCUUGGACCUCAUGGAUUGCUGCGACACAGGGUUCCACCUGGCCCUGGGGCAGGUGCUCCGAAGCUACACGGCCGCUGAGAGCCGCACCCAAGCCUCCCAAGUACAGGGCCUGGGCAGCCUGGAAGAAGCCGUGGAGGCCCUGGAUCCUCCAGGGGACAAGGCCAAGGUUCUCGAGGUGCACGCUACCAUCUUCUGUCCCCCGCUGCGCUUUGACUACCACCCCCAUGAUGGGGAUGAGGUGGCUGAGAUCUGCGUUGAUAUGGAGCUGCAGGACGAGAUUCUGCCCAGAGCCCAGAACAUCCAGAGCCGCCUGGACCGACAGACCAUCGAGACGGAGGAGGUGAACAAGACGCUGAAGGCGACACUGCAGGCCCUGCUGGAGGUGGUGGCCUCGGAUGACGGGGAUGUGCUCGACUCCUUCCAGACCAGCCCCUCCACCGAGUCCCUCAAGUCCACCAGCUCAGACCCAGGCAGCCGGCAGGCAGGCCGGAGGCGUGGCCAGCAGCAGGAGACCGAAACCUUCUACCUCACGAAGCUCCAGGAGUAUCUGAGUGGACGGAGCAUCCUCGCCAAGUUGCAGGCCAAGCACGAGAAGCUGCAGGAGGCCCUUCAGCGAGGUGACAAGGAGGAGCGGGAGAUGUCUUGGACCCAGUACACACAGAGAAAAUUCCAGAAGAGCCGCCACCCCCGCCCCAGCUCCCAAUAUAACCAGAGACUCUUUGGGGGAGACAUGGAGAAGUUUAUCCAGUGCUCUGGCCAGCCUGUGCCCCUGGUGGUGGAGAGCUGCAUUCGCUUCAUUAACCUCAACGGCCUGCAGCACGAAGGCAUCUUCCGGGUGUCGGGUGCCCAGCUCCGGGUCUCAGAGAUCCGUGAUGCCUUCGAGAGAGGGGAGGACCCACUGGUGGAGGGCUGCACUGCCCAUGAUCUGGACUCGGUGGCCGGGGUGCUGAAGCUCUACUUCCGGAGCCUGGAGCCCCCACUCUUCCCCCCAGACCUGUUCAGCGAGCUGCUGGCUUCUUCGGAGCUGGAGGCCCCGGCAGAGAGGGUGGAGCACGUGAGCCGCCUGCUAUGGCGGCUGCCCGCGCCAGUGCUGGUGGUUCUGCGCUACCUCUUCACCUUCCUCAACCACCUGGCCCAGUACAGCGAUGAGAACAUGAUGGACCCCUACAACCUGGCCGUGUGCUUUGGGCCCACGCUGCUACCGGUGCCCGCUGGGCAGGACCCGGUGGCGCUGCAGGGCCGGGUGAACCAGCUGGUGCAGACGCUCAUACUGCAGCCAGAUCGGGUCUUCCCGCCCCUGACCUCACUGCCUGGCCCCGUCUACGAGAAGUGCAUGGCACCGCCUUCCGCCAGCUGCCUGGGGUACACCCUUGGUGCUGCAGAGGGGAUGGGGGGUCCACUGGAGAAGAGCCCCCCUCAUCCACCUUGCUCUGCCCUGAACCUCAGGGACGCCCAGCUGGAGAGCCUGGGGGUGGACAACGAGCCGGAGCUGGAAGCUGAGAUGCUUGCCCAGGAGGAUGACCUGGAGGGGGUUGUGGAGGCUGUGGCCUGCUUUGCCUACACGGGCCGAACGGCCCAGGAGCUGAGCUUCCGGCGGGGGGACGUACUGCGGCUGCACGAGAGGGCCUCGAGCGACUGGUGGCGGGGGGAGCACAAUGGCGUGCGGGGCCUCAUCCCCCACAAGUAUAUCACACUGCCUGAGGGGGCAGAGAAGCAGGUGGUGGGCGCAGGGCCGCAGACUGCAGGGGAGUCUGGGAGCAGUCCCGAGGGCCUCCUGGCAUCAGAGCUGGUUCACCGGCCAGAGCCAUGCAUCUCACCCGAGGCCGUGGGACUCUCUGGACAUAGACGACGCUGCUUGGUCCCAGCCUCCCCGGAGCAACACGUGGAGGUGGAUAAGGCUGUGGCACAGAACAUGGACUCUGUGUUUAAGGAGCUCUUGGGAAAGACCUCUGUCCGCCAGGGCCUCGGGCCAGCAUCUGCCACCUCUCCCAGCCCUGGCCCCCGAAGCCCAAAGGCACCGGCCGGCAGCCGCCUGGGCAAGAACAAAGGCUUCUCCCGGGGCCCUGGGGCCCCAGCCUCACCCUCAGCAUCCCACCCCCAGGGCCUGGACACGACCCCCAAGCCACACUGAGGUGCUGCUGCUGGAGCUGUGUGCCCCAGGCGGCUACCCCCUGGACCGGCCACUCUCCCCAGCCCUCUUGCUUCUCUCCAACCCUGUCCAGCAAGUUCAGGGUGCUGCACUUCACCCUGUGCGGAGGUGGGAUGGGCCGCACGUGCAGGGAUGCCCACUCCACACCCUGCCUGCCUCUCAGCCCUGGCCCAGGCCCCUUUUGGAGGCUGGGGAAAGCCCUCUUCUGCGACUUUGUGGAGGGCUGGUCAGUGGCUGCUGGGUGGCAGGUACCCUUGCUCAGAUGCCUGGCAGGGCUGGGUGGUGAUUCAUAAAGACCUCGCGUUGAUUCCCUGA